AUGGAGUCUAGAAAACGACAGCUAACGUCUCUUGAUUCACAAAUUCCUGAGACGAAACGCCUCAAAGAGGAAAUAAAAGAAAACGUUGACGAUGAAGACAGCAAUGAUUCAUUCGAAAAUUUCUGCACAACAGCGGCAAAAAACCCUUCGGAAAAAAAAGCCAGCCCGAGAGCCAGAAGUCAGCGGAUAACAUUAGCAGAAGUCGAUGACGAUGACUCAUUUGAUGCUCCGAUUUGUUCAAAACCGUUACCAGUUUCCACAAAAUCGACAAAACUAGAAAGCGGCGUCGACGGCUUUCCAUGUCUUUUUGAGGAAGAUAAUGUGAUCUAUCUAACAGCAAAAUUAGUCGACAAACGAGAAGAAGGAUGCAUCGACCUCGAAUGUGUUGACAAAAAUGGGAAAACAAGACUUGUAUAUCUUCAGGAUCGAUGGGCCGAGCUAGAUAUAGAAGUAGGCAACGCGAUCAAUUUGAUUGGUCCGGAAAAAUGGGGUGAUGAUGACUACAUCGCUAAUGACACCAAAGGAAUUGUGAUUCUAAACCCGAAUGCGCUUGUGCCAUGUACUGCAGUCGCAUCUUCUCUGUUUUGUUCAAGAAAAGUAAUUCUCAAUGACAAAUUCAAGUUUGGUAACGCCUCAAAUAAAGCUAUGCUUCUCGGAACUAUUAUACACGAAAUUUUCCAGACUGCAAUAACAAGUAAGAAACGUCCACUCGUUGAAGAUAAUCUGCUUCAAAUCUGGAAUACACAAGCACCGAAAUAUGCAGAAGAGCUUGUAGCACUUUCUUUCACUCCAAGUUGUUUGAAUGUUGAAUUGAAGCCCUAUUUCUCGGUGAUUUGUGAUUGGAUUAACAAACACUAUGCGCUUUCAAAUAGUUUUUUUGCAAAACGAGAACAGCUUCCAUCGAAAUCUGAGCUUCUUGAAGUGUACGACAUUGAAGAGAAUAUUUGGGACUCUAAACUCGGAUUAAAAGGAAAAGUAGAUGUGACAAUGCGAACAAAAUCGAAGAAAGGAAUGGAAUCUCUUGAAUUGAAAACAGGAAAAAGUAAUUCAUCGAGUGAGCAUUCAGGACAAGUUUUGUUGUACUGUAUGAUGCAAUCCUCUCGAUACGAGCAACCAAUUGGAUUUGGAAACAUUCUUUAUUUGAAAGAUGGUAUAUCUCGAUGUGUCACCCCUCGUGCUGCUGAAUUGUCUGGAAUUUUGCAACAGAGAAACAUGCUAUCCGUAUUCUUCGAGGAUCCCACAAUGAGCCGGCUUCCUCCACCUCGCCAGGAAAGUAGAUUUUGCGAUAAAUGCGAUCAUAAAGUCAUGUGUUCCUUCUAUCAAAGAGCCGAAGAAAACUAUGGAAAAUCUUCUAAAGCUUUAAAAGAAUUCGCUGAAAACGAGAUGGCUCAUUUAGAUCAGACGCAUAUCGAUUACGUCUCAAAGUGGAUUCGUUGGAUAUCUGCUGAGUGGAAGUGCGAAAGAGAGCGAAUGCAAACACACAACAAGGACUUAUGGCUGAAAACAAUACCAGAACGAGUGGAAGAAGGGACUUGCAUGCAAGAAUUGACCCCCAUUUCAGAAGAAAUGUCAAAUUCACAAAGAAUUAUUAUUUCUUUCUCUCGGAAAUCUUCAUCAGACCCUUCACCAUUUCGCCCAGGAGAUGUGUGUCUCUUAUCGAAUAAGAAAAACGUGGCGAUUGCGUUUACAGUCAUUGAUUAUGUUUCCGACGACGUUAUCAAAGUUUCCUCGGAUAAAAUAGUGAAAUCCCGUUAUGAAGCUCCGUUUCAUCUUGACAAAAACCGUUUACGUAAUGUUCUUGUUGAUUUAUUGCCUCCAAGCAUUGUUGAUACAAGUGUAUUUAAUAUCACACCUGCCGUUAAAAAAAUAAUCGUGAAGGCGAAAUUGAACAAUGAGCAGCGUCGGGCAAUAAUUCACGCGUUAUCCACAGAAGACUACAUGAUUGUAGAAGGUCUUCCUGGAUCUGGAAAAACCACAUUGAUUUCUGUACUCAUUCAAUGCUUACUGGCAACUAACAAAAAAGUACUUUUAACAGCGUUUACUCACUCUGCAGUUGAUAAUAUUUUGGGAAAACUGACGAAGGAAGUAUCACCCGAAAUUAUUCUUCGGCUUGGAAGUAGUUCGACGAUCAACGAAGAAAUCAGAAAGAUGACAUUGAAGGCGAAGUUGGAAAGUGAAUCUUCAGACAACUAUUACGCAUCAGUGAGGCGUGUAAUGAAAACUUCGCCAGUCGUAGCAUGUACAUGUCAUCAUGUUCCUCGUGAGCUUCUUUUUUCUUAUCGGCAUUUUGAUGUCGUGAUUGUGGAUGAAGCAUCUAUGGUACUUGAGCCUCUUCUACUUCCAGUCCUUGCUACCAGCAAGAAAUUCGUUCUUGUUGGAGACUGUAAACAGUUGACUCCUCUAGUUGUUUCUAGAAAAGCCAAGCAAGAAGGAGCCGAAGUUUCAACGAUGGAAAAACUUCAAAAAGCUCAUUCAAACGUCGUCGUUUCGUUAACUUCCCAAUAUCGUAUGAAUCGGGAGAUAUCGAUGCUUUCCAGUAAAUUAUUCUAUGAAAAUCGUCUUUUAUGUGGAAACGAGGCAGUAUCGAGAAGUUCUCUUGAUAGAACUGGUGAUUACUCUGUCCCAGAAGGUCUCGAUGAACACAUUCGAAAAACUCUCUCUGGAGAUAUAUCAGAUUCAUGUGUUUUCUUGGAUACACAAAGCUCCCUGAACCACUCGAUGCAAUGUAAUGAUGAAGAUGGUGGCGGAAUGAGUAAUGAUGGAGAAGCGAAGAUAAUUUCCGAACUGUGUAAGCGGUUCAUUCAGAGUGGAGUGAAACCUUCUGAAAUCGGAGUAAUGUCUGCAUAUCGGAAACAAGUUGAUCACAUUAAAACUGUUGUUCAGAACGAUUCUCUAGAAGUGAACACGAUUGACUCAUAUCAAGGACGCGAAAAGCGUGUCAUUAUCUGGUCGUUGACAUGGACAGAUAAUUCAUCGAAAAAGAGUGAACUUCUCCGUGACGAGCGACGAAUCAACGUGGCACUCACUCGUGCUCGGCAGAAAAUUGUUGUCGUUGGAUGUAAGAAGAGUGCUGAGUCGAUUCCAGUUCUCUACAGAUUAUCACAAAUGCUCACCAAUAAUCUCACGAUUCCUCAUUAA